AUAAUAAUAAGAGCAAGGCGGGCGUUGCGGCUGAGCUCGUGUGCGGCGGCAGCGGUGUUAGCGGCGGCUGCAGCAAAGCGUUUGGCGCGAUGUCUCACACCAUUUUGUUGGUACAGCCUACCAAGAGACCAGAAGGCAGGACUUACGCUGACUAUGAGUCUGUGAAUGAGUGCAUGGAAGGUGUUUGUAAAAUGUAUGAAGAACAUCUGAAGAGAGUGAAUCCCAACAGCCCCUCCAUCACAUACGAUAUCAGUCAGUUGUUUGACUUUAUCGAUGAUCUGGCAGAUCUCAGCUGUCUUGUUUACCGAGCUGAUACACAGACAUACCAGCCUUAUAACAAAGACUGGAUCAAAGAGAAGAUCUACGUGCUCCUUCGUCGACAGCCCAACAGGCUGGGAAGUAGUUGAGUUGGAAGCAUUGGGGGCUGAGGGUGGGCUUGGAACAGGUGCAUACAGUGUGCUGUAGUGAACAUUUUGUAUGAUAGUAAUCCUGUUUCCAUUCUGUUACUAGAGCCAAGAUUGAAUGUAUGACACGACAGUGAAUGAUCUUUUCAUUCUGAAACCACCAUUGCCCCUUUGCUCCUUUCCUUUCUUUUUUUUUUUUU